CUCUUCGGCACCGCCUGCACCCCGCGCCCUCCGGCCGCCUGAGGCCCCGGGCUCGAUGUCCGCCGCUCCCGCGGCGGCCCUCGGGGUGCCGGCGGGCUCGCUGCGUGCAGCGGCAGUGGCGCGAGACCUCGAGGACAACAUCGUGGGCCACGAGCAGGCAACGGAGGAGGUGGAGGUCCCGAAGGGCCUCGUUCCCGGCGACACCUUCCAGACGAGGACCCGCGACGGCCAGACGGUGCAGGUGACGGUGCCCCCGGGCGUGGCGGCGGGCAGCAGCUUCCGCUUCGCGUACCCCGCUCGUCCGCCCGUCCCGACGGUGCAGGCGACCGUGAUCGGGGACGAUUCGGACUGGCUGGACUCGCCACGGGCUGGUGGCGUCUUCGACAGCGCCCUGUUCCGCUCCUUUGCCGCCCAGCGCGCGGCCGCCGCCGAGCGCGUGCAGGAGCUGCACUGGGUUCGCCAGGACAGGCAGGCGAGCGAGACAGGCUGGCUGGUGUACCUUGGCGGGUGGUGCCUCUGCUGCUGCUGCGGGCCCGUGGGGCCGAUCCUCUGGUUCACCAUCGCCGGCGCCUUCUUCUGCAAGCCUGCGGAGCACCGCGAGCGCUUCGAGCGCGAGCGCAGCGUGGCGACGGUGUCUCUGUGGACGGGCGUGCUGACGACGCUGGCGAUCCUGCUUUUGAUAGCGAUGUACGAUGAGGUGGGCGCGGGCGACGCCAGGGUGGCGAGGCAGCCGAAGUGCGAGCUGAUGGGCCGAUUCUCCACCAUAGGCAGGCCGUGGGAGAAGGGAGGAUAGGGAUGUCUUCCUCCUCCUCUUCCUCCUCCUUCUCCUCCUCCUCCUCCUCUUCCUCCUCCUCCUCCUCCCCCUCCUCCCUCUCCUGCAUCUGGCAGUGGUGGUGGAACAUCGGCCUGUCACGAGCCGCCCUACCAGUGGAUCGAAGACAGGUGCACUCGCCCCACGAAGCCCACGGAGCGGUGAGUCCUGGGUGGUGCCGCAGCCGUUGGUCGAGGAAGAAACAACGGCAUAAGCAGAAAUUGUCGGCAGCCCGCGCGGAUUUUUUGGAUCCGCGCUGGGGCUCCCCUGGCGCCGCCUUCGGCGCCGCCCCCUGGCGCGCUCCGCGCGCCAGGGAGGGGUGUCCAGUGCAGAUCCGAGAAAUCCGCGCGGAGCGCCAGAACUCUAUGUUUAUGCCGUUUGUCCUUCUUCUAGUUGGGGGGGGAGCUGGGAGCGCG